AUGGUGAAGAAGUUGGAGCAGCACCGAGCCGGUUUGGCCAGCACCUUGUUCUGGAAGGAGAUACCGGAAGCCAGCCUUGGUGCCGGUAUGUUGAGGGUGGAAGUCAAGGCUGUUGGGAUGAACUUCAAGGACGUGCUCAUCUCAGUCGGAGUAGUCGCCGGGCCAUCAGCUAUAGGAAGAGGCCUAGGCUGCGAGUGUAGCGGUGUUAUUACGGAUAUUGGGCCCGGCGUGUCAAAGCACCGCGUGGGUGAUCGCGUCAUGGUGUGCUCCAGCGGGUCGUUUACGACCAGCAUGGACGUGUCCGAACACCUCUGCGUCGUCACGCCGGACACGUUGACAUUCGAGCAAGCUGCCAGCAUGCCAGUGGUGUACAGCACCGUCAUAUACGGUCUCCUUGAUGUUGCGAGGCUAGCUGAAGGGAUGUCCGUUCUCAUUCACUCGGCAGCUGGUGGCGUGGGAAUCGCAGCAAUUCAGAUUGCUCAGAUGGUUGGAGCUGAGAUUUCCUGCACGGUAGGAACCCAGACGAAUGUCGAGUUUCUCACGACGAGCUUUGGAAUCCCGCACGAUCGGAUCUUCAACUCACGCGAUGCCGGCUUCCUGCAUGGUAUCAAACAGGCCACUGGAGGCAGAGGUGUCGACGUCGUCCUCAAUGCCCUAUCUGGUGAGCUUCUACACGCCUCGUGGAAGUGCGUCGCCGAGUGCGGCGCGUUUGUCGAGAUUGGGCGCCGUGACUUUGUGGGCCAAGGUAUGCUGGCGAUGGAGGGCUUCUUGUCGAACCGGACGUUCGUGGGGUUUGACUUGGCGCAUCUCGCGGACAAGCGGCCGCUCGUCACAGGAGAGUAA